AUGGCGGAUCGGCUACGGAACCUGGACUGCGGCGGUCUGGUCCUGCUUUGCAUUUUCUUGGGGACAUUGCGGGAGUCCCGAGCCGGGCAGAUUGGAUACUCAGUGCCUGAAGAGACGGACAAAGGCUUCUUCGUGGGCAAUAUCUCCAAGGACCUGGGGCUGGAGCCCCGGGAGCUGGCGGAGCGCGGAGUCCGCAUCGUUUCCAGAGGUAGGACGCAGCUGUUCGCUCUGAACCCGCGAAGCGGCAGCUUGAUCACGGCGGGCAGGAUAGACCGGGAGGAGCUCUGUGAAACUUUUUCCGCCUGUGUUUUAAAUAUGGAGAUUCUUGUAGAAGAUGCCUUGAAGAUUUACGGAGUGGAGGUAGAAAUAACAGAUAUUAAUGAUAACGCCCCCAGCUUCCGGGAAGAGGAAGUAGAGAUAAAAAUCAGUGAGCAUGCAUCUCCGGGUUUGCGAUUCCCCCUUCCUAAUGCUAAGGAUCCAGAUGUGGGAGUGAACUCCCUCCAGAGCUACCAGCUCAGCCCUAAUAGCUACUUUUCCUUGCACGUGCGAGGAGGAAGCCAUGGGGCCAAGAAUCCAGAGCUCGUGCUGGAGGGGGCUCUGGACCGGGAGAAAGAGGCUGUUCACCUUCUUCGCCUCACAGCCUUAGAUGGAGGCGUUCCUAUCCGCCAGAGCACUGUUUCCAUUCGGGUGGUGGUCCUCGAUGUAAAUGACCACAUCCCAAAGUUUACAGAGUCUGUGUAUCGAGUGAGUGUUCCCGAGAAUCUUAGCUCUGGAACUCGGGUGCUCGUAGUAAACGCAACCGAUCCAGAUGAAGGAGUCAAUGGGGAAGUGAUGUAUUCAUUCCAGAAUAUGGAAAGCAAAGCUUCUGAAACAUUCCAGUUAGAUUCUCGAACUGGAGAAGUCCUAAUAUGGGGGUCUCUGGAUUAUGAGAAAUACAGAUUCUAUGAGAUGGAAAUCCAAGGCCAAGAUGGUGGAGGUCUACUGGCCACCGCCAAGUUGCUGAUCACUGUUGUGGAUGUGAACGAUAAUGCUCCCGAAAUAACCAUCACCUCUUCUACUAAUUCAAUCCUGGAAAACUCUCCUCCAGGUACAGUAAUUGCUCUUCUUAACGUUCAAGAUCAAGACUCUGAAGAAAAUGGUCAGGUCUCCUGUUUCAUUCCUACGAAUUUGCCUUUUAAAUUAGAAAAGACUUAUGGGAAUUAUUACAAGUUGAUAACAAACACAGCCCUGGACAGGGAGCAGGUCCAGAAUUAUAAUAUAACCUUGACAGCCACAGACCAAGGAAGUCCGCCCUUGUCUACAGAAACUCAUAUCUCCCUGAACGUGGCUGACGACAACGAUAACCCACCCGCUUUCCUUCACCCCACUUACUCAGCCUACAUUCCUGAAAACAAUCCUAGAGGCUCUUCUAUCUUCUCAGUGACAGCCCAUGACCCGGAUAGCAAAGACAAUGCCCGAGUUAUUUACUCUCUUGCGGAGGACACCAUCCAGGGGACGCCUCUAUCUUCCUACAUCUCCAUCAAUUCGGACACUGGAGUCCUAUAUGCGCUGCGCUCCUUCGACUAUGAGCAGUUCCGAGACCUACAGCUGUGGGUGACAGCACGGGAUAGUGGGGACCCGCCGCUCAGCAGCAACGUGUCACUGCGCCUGUUCGUGCUGGACCAGAACGACAACGCACCCGAGAUCCUGUACCCCACCCUUCCUACUGACGGCUCCACCGGCGUGGAACUAGCACCCCGCUCCGCAGAGCCCGGCUACCUGGUGACCAAGGUGGUGGCGGUGGACAGAGACUCAGGUCAGAACGCUUGGCUGUCCUACCGCCUGCUCAAGGCCAGCGAGCCAGGGCUCUUCACGGUUGGUGUGCACACAGGCGAGGUGCGCACGGCGCGAGCCCUGCAGGACAGAGACUCGCUGAAGCAGAGUCUGGUGGUGGCCGUCCAGGACCAUGGCCAACCUCCUCUCUCAGCCACCGUCACGCUCACCGUGGCUGUGGCCGACAGCAUCCCCGAUGUCCUGGCCGAUCUGGGCAGCCUAGACUCUCCCGCCAAUCCUGACGAGUCUGGACUCACGCUGUACCUGGUAGUGGCUGUGACCGCAGUUUCCUGCGUCUUCCUUGCCUUUGUCAUCGUACUGAUGGCGCUCAGAAUGCGGCGCUGGUACAAGUCGCGCCUGCUCCAAGCUUCUUCCGGAGGCGGGUUGGCCAACGUGCCUGACACGCACUUUGUGGGCGUGGACGGGGUGCGGGCUUUCCUGCAAACCUACUCGCACGAGGUCUCCCUCACCGCGGACUCGAGGAAGAGCCACCUGAUCUUCCCGCAGCCAAACUAUGCGGAUACGCUCAUCAGCCAGGAGAGCUAUGAGAAAAGCGAACCACUCUUAAUAGCUGAAGACUCAGCUACGGGUUUAGGCAAAAGCGAUCUGACGAAUAAUCAGGUGAGGUUUAUUUCCGUCUCCCAAGUGCGGUGUCUUGGCACUGGCCUUGUAAUUAGCUUUUUUCUGAACAUUUUAUGA